GUGUUAGGAAUAGAAUAACUAGGAAUACCGAAUUGCGUACAUCUUUUAUAGAUAGUUUGUUAGACAAUGAUGUCACUUGUAUUAGUCAAUUGAGGAUGGAUAGGAUAACAUUUGUUAUUUUAUGUCGGUUAUUACGCCCGGAUGGAUAUGUGAAAAGAGAUUGUACUGUUACAUUGGAAGAGCAAGUGUGCAUAUUUUUGCACAUAAUUGCUCAUCAUACAAAAAAUCGUACAAUUAUCAGUCGAUUCUAUAGAUCAGGGGAGACAAUUAGUAGAUAUUUCAAUUUAGUAUUGAAUGGGGUGUUGCGCUUACAUUCCAUUUUGUUGAGGCAUCCUGAACCUGUGUCGGAUAAUUGCUCGGAUGAUAGAUGGAAAAUGUUUAAGGUACAUAUGUGGACUAGUUUGGUUAUUAAUUUUAUAGUUAGAUGACUUGUAGCAUUAUCUGACGUUAGUAAAAUUGUUUGUGUCGUAGAAUUGUUUGGGAGCAUUAGAUGGAACUUAUAUUAAGGUGAAAGUACUUGAAAUCGAUAAGCCAAGAUAUCGAACAAGAAAGGGUGAGAUCGCAACAAAUGUCUUAGGUGUAUGUAACCCAAAUAUGGAAUUUAUAUUUGUAUUACCGGGUUGGGAAGGCUCCGCUUCAGAUUCUAGAGUACUUCGAGAUGCAAUAAGUAGGCCAAAUGGACUAAAAGUACCAACCGGUAAGACCAAUCCUUAAAUAUUUCAUUGAGUGGAUUAACAUUGCAUAAACUAAUAGGAGAUAUUUUUCUGUGUUAGGUUGUUAUCACUUAGUGGAUGCUAGUUACACAAAUGGUGAAGGAUUUCUUGCACCAUAUAGGGGAACAAGAUAUCACCUUUCCGAAUGGAGAGAUGGUUGUGCACCCAUAAAUCAUCAAGAGUAUUUCAACAUGAAGCAUGCAUCAGCUAGGAAUAUCAUAGAAAGAUGCUUUGGGGUUCUUAAAAUGCGAUGGGCAAUUUUAAGAAGUCCAUCUUUCUACCCAAUUGCAACACAAAUCAAAACCAUUACUGCAUGUUGUCUGAUACAUAAUCUGAUUAGAAGAGAAAUGACACUCGAUCCUGGAGAAGUCGAAUAUGAUAGGAUGGAAAAUGUGGACAUUAAUGAAGAGGAGGACAUUAUAGGAUCAAUUGCUUCCUCAGAUCGAUGGACGAAUUGGAGAGAUGAGUUAGCUAAGCAAAUGUUUGGUGAGUGGAGAGGUCAUCAUGAUUACUAGUUGAUGGUUAUGUAAAAAAUUAUGCUCUAACUACUUAUUUAAUAUUGUUUGUUAAAUCUUUUGGAUAAUAUGUAUGAAGGCAAACUUAUAUUAUAUUAAGUGCAACAUUUGAGAUUUAUUGUUAUUUUGUUUGCAUCUUGUUUUGAUAAUGUUGGAAUCAUGAAAUGUUUACUUGAAUAGCAAUGGAAGCUGGAGGUAGCAGUAAUGAUAAUAGGUGGGGUGAAUCUAGGCGUAUAUGGAGUAGAGGUGAGGAAGAAGCUUUGCUGGUUCUUUUAGAUGAAGCUGUAGCUAGUGGGCAACGUUGUGACACGGGAGCAUUUAAACCUGGUACACUUAAUAUGAUUGAGCGGCAACUGGCUGAAAUGUGUCCUAACUCGUGAUUGCGAGCAACUCCACAUAUUGAAUUGAAGUUAAAAAGGUGGAAGAAGCAAUAUGGCAUCAUAUACGACAUGCUGAACAAAAGUGGAUUUGGAUGGAAUGACACUCUUAAAUGUGUGGAGAUUGACAGUGACGAUGCUUGGAAAGCAUAUGUGCAGAGUAAUCCAAGUGCAAAAAGUUGGAGAGAUAAACCUUUUCCGAUAUAUGAGAGGCUUGCUAGUAUUUUUGGGAAGGAUCGGGCAACAGGACAUGGAGCACAAACUCUAAUUGAUUUAGUUAAUGAUAUCAAUAUGGAGCCUGACAAUGACCAAUUUAAUGAUGUGGGUUCUCCAAUGUCUAUGAAUCAAAUACAUAGUCAACUGCCCACACAAUUCCAAUUAAGAGGUAAGAGGAAAGCUCAAUCGAAGGAUGUUGACAUCGUUAGCGAGUUAAACAAUGUAGUAGAUAAGUUUAUUGAUAAAUUGGCUACACAGUUAGACAAGUUGGAGAAGUCUGAUAUCAACUAUCCACAAUACUUAACUAUGGAGCUUGACAGGUUAGGAUUCCCUAUUACUGACAAUCUCAAAAUCUCUAAGGCAAUGAGAUCGGAUCCAUCGAAUGUUGAGGUUUUCAAGAUUAUUAAAACCGAUGCGCAGAAGAUUGAAUUUGCUCGUGGAUUUUUGGAUAACUAAAGUAUUGUUGUGGAUUAUAUAUUUAUGGAUAUGUAUGAGAGGAUGACAACUAUGAACAUUUGGAAUUGAAACUUAUGGACAUAUAUUGUAACGUAUUGAAUGUUGGUUUCUAAUUAUGCAUGUACGGAUA